AUGGAGAAACUGUUCAAGACUUCAUUGAUAGCAAUGGGUACAGCUGCUGCUAUAACUGCAUUCUUGGUGUUUAUGAAUCAGGAGGAGAAGGAUGGUCUGACUCUAGAGAAUGGUGACUCAAAUAGCAACAGCUCAGACGAAUAUACAACAUCAAACAGUCAUGAACUCUCAUCAGACUCUACAGAGGAUGAUAAUAGCAAUGGGACUGUAUCAUCACCUCGAACACUGUCCGACUAUCUAAAGAUACUAAAGCACGAUGACAAUUCUGAUGUCUACGUAAUGAAGAAGUUAGAGUCAACUCAAGUACUGUUGACAAUCAGCGCAUACUCCGAGAGUUAUCCACUAUUAGAACAGUUGGAUGUCAUUGGAAUAGUACUGGAAAACAUGAACUAUAUAUUGGCACAGAGUGUAACUAGUCCCAAUCAGGACAGUCUAUUGAUCAAGCUUGGUCUAUUCCUUGGCAAUCUAUUGUCUAGCAAGAACAGUCAACUCAAAGUGAUCGAUGCUCGUUUCGUCCCAACACUACUGAGUCUGAUCAAUGACACCAACGAGGUCAGAGCCGACUUUGCCUUAUUGUGUCUUCAGAACUUAUCUUUGAAUGAGGAAGGAGCUGAGGAAAUUGUCAUAUCACAGGGUGUACCAUCUUAUGUCACACUGUUGAACGAUGCUUCCAAGCCAAUUGGUUUGAAGAAGCAAGCAUUGUAUAGCAUUCUGAACUUGUGUUUAAUUAAUAGAGUCAAGAGUAUGAUUUACGAAAAUCAAGAACUUAGAGUUACAUUGGAUACGAUUGGAUCAGGUACAUCACCUGAUCUAUCAAGAUUGACGUCAAGGAUACUCAUUCUCCUGUCACAACCAGAUGACGAAGAAUAA